GUAGAGUUAUAAGAAGUCAACGAACUUUCAACUUCCGACUAUCAAUCGUGUUCCUAAUAAGUACCAUGUGUCAAUGAACGUUACAGGACGUUACACUGCCCAGCUGCAGAAAUUCGUGGUAUCUGAUCAGAUGCAUUGUAAUUCAAACACCGCUGUCCUGUUUUAUGUUUGACGAUUGGCCUAUUCUGAAAAUGUCUGUGGCCGGCACUCAGGCUGCAAUUAUGAGACUACAUUUGGCGUCAAUCUUCGGUUAGACUAACAUCCGGAGGGACUUGCUUUAUGUAACCUAACUGUCCUGGGGAAACGCCGAGCAGCGCUGGGCGUCGUAUAAAGGGCCUGCGACGUACACCGUUUUCUCCAGUUUACUUAUCCUUGCAAUCAGAAAUAAUGGCUUACACUAUCGCAGUCAGAACCAUCGACACCACUGCCGGCGACCCUGGUUUCACGGUCGUCGAGAAAACUGUGUGGUAUGCCGCCAAUGGCGGGACGUGGUCUAACACAGACUCUAUAGAGACCCUCGUCAUGGGCGGCAGCGGCACGUCUGGUGCGCUCCGCUUCAGAAAUGGCGCCGGGGAGGAGUUCCUCGUGACACUGGGCAUCAGUGCCUAUAAAGUAUGGUGCGACGUCGUCACUGACCUCGCGCCAGGAGACACGGGCUUGAAGAUUCACCCCGAGUACUACACGGCUGGCCCUAGGAAGUCAAAUUGGACUCAACUGGCUGAAGUCCGGAAGACGAGCGCAAAGAGAACUACAGUGGAUGUCAAGUUCGUCACGCAGGAGGGACACGACUCGGUCGUUCACAUUACUAUUUCUUGAGUUGUCGUAGUACCAAAGGAGUUGUGGGACGGCGGCCCGGAUAUACGAUUGGGAAUCGAAUGUACCAUUGUCAAGGCGAACUCGAUAUAAAUGAUUUGAUGACGAACAUACUUGACAAGAACUUUGAAAAGCACUCGGUAUGAUUUUU